ACUUGCUUGAACUCAAUUCAUUAGGCGAUGCCGGCCGGCAAGACCGAAGCGACUUAUCGUUGUAAGUAUGGAUAGUGUCCAUGCCGAUCACCGUUGGGUUUCUAGUUAUCCUAUCGCUCGUUGAUAUACAAGCAGUCGAAAAGCUACUUUUCGACGUGGUGAUGGUUGAGAGGUCGAUGAAGGCGCCCAAUAUCCUUCGGGUAGCAAUCAAGGCCGGGAAUAGGAUCACGUCACAAAAAGCGUCCGGGAACAGUCCGAGAACACAACUCCUGGACAAUUUCCAGCCGUUUAGUUGUUUGCAGUCCAUGUGAGUAUAUAGUGUGUAUCAUUAUGAUUGCCACGACUUAGAUUGAUAGCAUGAUGGGUGACUUCUUUGGCGGUCAAAUAUGUAAGUGGCCUGGCUCUUGCUUGCAUGUCGGCCCUUUAACUGCUUCCGCGAUAUGC